UUAAGACCUGACCGUUCACCCCGCGAAUAUGCCUCUGGGUGCUCUGUAAUCUCUUCUUCCUUUUCCUAACACCAUUAAAAGCCACCGACCCAUCAUUCCACUUUCUUUUUCCCUCUCCGACGAAAUACAUUUUUGGCAUCUUGGAGUGGAAGCGAAGGCAGAGGCGAAGAGAAGGGAUAAAGAAGAGGAGGAAAAUGGAGUUGGAGUUCUACCAGGAGCUUCUCCUGACCGCUGCCUUCUCCGUCCUCUGCGCCUUACUCAUCAGCAAGAUCAUCGGUGGUGAUGAAGAACGCCUCGAUGAUGCCGUUGCAUCGUCCGAUAUUCUUGAUUCCGGGGAGAAGAUGCCUAAACCAGCGGCGGAAGAACUUGAUGAGAUCGUUGAUGGGUAUAGAGCGGAAGAGGAACUUAUCGGAUCUGAGCGUCAAAUCGCUUGCGUGAAGGGAGGUUCUUCAGAAAGAUUGGACAAGGCGAGAAGUGGUGGCAUGGAAAUGACGUCCGAUGCGGAUGUUUUGGCGGAUGAGGACGAGGAGGAGAUUAAUGCGAAGGAAAUCGUUGCGGCGGUGGUUAUUGACAGAGAUGAUGCUGACAAGGAAGAGGCAGAGAAAGGGGAGGGGAUGCAGGUCGAGUUGUGUUCAUCUGAAGUGAAAGUUGAGUGCGCGGAUGGGACCGAGAUUGGUAGUGGGAGGGGAGAGGAUGUCAGCUUUGAGAUCAAGAAGGGAUCGCUGCUUCACGGGGAGGACGAGUGGGAGGGGAUUGAGAAGAGUGAGCUGGAAAAGCUUUUUGGUGUGGCGGUGCAAUUUUCUGUUAGCUCAACUGGUGCGGAGGCGCUGGCCCGGCUGAGUAGAGAUGUUCAGAUGGAGUUGUACGGAUUUCACAAGGUUGCGAUGGAGGGGCCCUGCAAUAAGUCGCCGCCAUUGCCAUUGAAAGUGUUUGCUCGGGCGAGAUGGCAUGCUUGGCAAAAACUAGGAAGCAUGACACCUGAGGAAGCGAUGGAGCAGUAUAUUAGUCUUCUUUCUAAAAGCAUUCCUGGAUGGAUUGUUGAAAGUUUGGCAGAGGAUGCCAUGCUCAUUAAGGCUAAUGAUUCCCUAGGGAAGGAGAUAUUGAAUACAGAGCAUCAUGAUUUGGACUCAUCCUCACAAAAUCAACUCAGUCCUGGAAUAGAAAGGAAAUUAGAAGGGCAUCAUGAUUUGGCUUCUCUUGAAGUUGAGAGUGCCACUGGAGGUUUGAAAUUCCUAGAGCAAGGUUUGACAGGCACAUUCCUUCUCAACUUGCUGUUUCCAACCGGAGGUGCGCUCUUGAGUUUGUACAGGUAACCAGGCUCUCUCUGGUGUCAUAUUUCCCAUUAUAAGAUUGUGAUCAUUAUAUGGUAACGCCAUGUAAAUAUUGAUUACUGUUCAUUAUAAAUAAGGCUGUACAGUUAUGGAUGCUUGCAUCCCCUGUGAUUGUUGGUACUUUAAAAUCCUAUUUCAAGAAUUGCUCCUUCCCAGCA